AUGGAUGACCUGACAACUUCCUUGCUCGCGGAGCAUUUCAGCUACACUCCUCUGUCACUCAUAGACGACAUCAUCAACUCAAUCAACAACUUGAUUUAUCAAGCAAUAUCCAGUCUAGAAGGAGGCUUGCUUUCUACCCCGCCGGAGCGACUAGGAUUUUCCCACGCAAAUAAUGGCUCGACCAUUCCCGACACAGACGAGGAUGGGAACGUUGUUUACCCCGAAGCGCAGCUGGAAAUUGAGAACGGAUUGCACCAGCUAGAAACUCUCCUAGAGGCGACGGUGGACAAGGCAUUUGAUAAAUUUGAAAUCUUCGUGCUGCGCAACAUCUUCAGAGUACCAGAUGACUUGAUGGGCUGGAUCAAACUUAAACACUACGAGAAUAUCUCUUUGAACCCGUCCCCGGAUGCGCCUACACCGGAAACCAUUCUCGCCUUGCGCCAGAAAUUACAAGAAACCAAGAAACUCAAUCGGGCCCUGAAGCAGGAGAGCGCAAGAAACGAAGUGAUGAUCGCCCAGCUGAAGGCGAUGCUCACGGCCUCACGAACGUCUAGUGCUGCUAAUGACAGCAAAGCCGACGCUGAAAAUUCAAGUGUCCCUGCUGGUACGAAAGCAUUGGACUUGGCCUUCUUGAUGUCUAGUCCAGCUGCUCAGCAAUUACGGGUGGGUGUUGCCACAGGGUCGAAUAAGCAACACACACCUGUGACGACCAACACUACCUUCAUAUUAUCUCAACUUCCUGCACUACAAGCAUUGCUAAACGAGCUCCGUCCCAAGUUGGCUACCCUACCCAAAGCUGGGGCUACCAAUGACAAGGAAACCAAGUCGGACGAGAGACGGGAAUACAUCGAGAGCAGAAUCAGACUGCAUCUUGAACGGUCCGGGCAGCUUCCUGUUGGCAGCGAUAGCCAUGCCGCAAUUGGUGGACGGAAGAUGGACAUCUCCGAAGCCCAGGCAUUGGAAGCUGUGACCAGUCUUCUUACGCAAGCAGCUACAAAAGACGAUUCAGCCGAAAACACAAGUUCUUAG